AUCAAUUGAUGAACUAAUCAAGGAGAGAGUCCCAUCUAUUUUGUUAUGAAAAUAUGGCAGGCGUGAUGGCCAAAGAAUUUAAACACAACGAAACGAGUAGCAAAAGCAACAAUCAUGAGAGUCGACUAUAGUUUUGCUCCUAUGUACUGAUCUCUCUUGUGGAUUGUCUUCAGUUACGUUGGUGUACUGAUGAACUUGGGAAGAAGUAGUUAUGAAAGCAAAAACAAAGGUUAAUAGAAUCAUUUUAAGAGAGUGAGCUAGAUAAGAUUGAUGUGACAUUGCUCUUAGAGCUCUUUCUUGCAAUUUGAACAGUGGCUAAGUGUACGAGUCAAAAACAGUAACCAUCCAUAUUCAUGCAGCGACUUUAUUUCUCUCACUCAGGAACGCAGUGGAGGGGGUUUAAUUUUAUUUUUCUACGAAUUCGGACAAAGUAGUAAAAUUUCCAAAAUUUUCUAAUAAAUUUGAUUCUCUAUGAGCCGUUUUUCUGAAUUAUUCUUGCCUUCUGGAAAUAGUAUGUUUCAGUAUCAAUGUAAUUUAUUUCUGUCCAUUUUACACCCCUACCAUUCAAACCUCAAUUGAUUUUGCCCGCAGAGUGAGGAGUGUAAAAAUCUGUUAUUGCUGUUGCAGUUGUUUUCCUCAGCUGUGGGCGGGAAUUAAUGGAGGAUGGAAGCGAGAAUGUCUCGCGAUGCAAGUUAUUUUUUCUCAUUUAUAAUUGUAUCAGAGAUUGUUUUGAAGGUAUAUUCUUCAAAUUUCAUAAUUGAAAGACGCCUUCAGUCAACGAGCAACAUCACAACUGCAUUUGAUGUCUUUACGAAUCCUGGAGGUUGCUUUCGCGCGAGGACCUGUGCAAGCUUGAGAGGGUACUGUUACCAACCAUUCUCGUCUGCACAGAUUCCCCAUUGCUGUUCCUGCGAAUGCAAAGGAAACAAGAAUUUGUUGUAUUCACUUCUUUAUGGGUGCACUACAGGCUAUGAAGCAAAUGAAAAAACCAAAAUGGGAGGAAAAGGCUGUAUGUUCUAUAUGACAUCAUUUGGUGCCAGCAGAAUUCCAACUAUUACUGGCCCCUUGCAACUUAAUCAAAGUGGCACAUAUCUUAAAUUAAGCAGUAAUAACAGAUCCUUGUCAAACAUCCUCAGCUUAAGGGACACCUGGUGCUUUCCAAGAAGGAUAUAUUAUUUGACCAAAUUUGGGAAAGAAAGACUUAUUUUUGAAAACAGUUGCUUAGAGACAAUGGAUAUUUCAAUGAUUUUUAACAGCAACAUUGGCUCAUUCAAUCAUUAUUUAAAGUUUAUACCAUCAAACCAAUCAGAGUGGGAUGUUCUAAAUGGAAAACUUUUGAAAAUAGAGAUAAUUUGCAAGAGCCGUGCUAAGAACACUACUAAACUGGCAUCUUGCAUCGUUUUACGGAUCAAUGGUACUUAUAAUGAUGAUGUUCCUGUUGUCUCACAUCAUUCCCCACUUGUUUGUCCACCUCCACCUCCAUACCUGCCACCAACAACAACAGUACCACCAACACCAUCAAAGCUGAACUUUUUUCAGAGAAAGUCUUCUGCUUACGUGGUUGGUGGCAGUGUCGGAGCCAGUUUGCUUCUUGUGAUUGUGGCGAUACUUGCAGUCAUAAUUAUUAGAAAGCGUAAAAGUUUUGGUAACAAAGAAGUUCAGGUGGAGAUGGUUGAUGAAGGUGCAGGGCAGCCAUUUCUUGACGAAAAUAUUGAUUCACCUUCAGCAAACACUGCUGGUGUCAAUUCGGAGCCUGUCGUUGCGAUUCUGGAAGAAGCAUCUGAUGCAGCUAAGGAAAAAGUGGAGAAAGAUAUCCCAAAGGAAACUGCAGGGAAUGCAACUUUGGAAAAUUCAGGAGACACAAGCCCCCAAGAUGCAGUCGUUUGAAAGGUAACCGAGGCACGCAGACAUAACAGCAUACAGUGCUGAGUGAAAGGACUUGGUAUCUGGCACAUCCGAUAGUUGGUGUGAACUGAGACUGUAUGUAUAUAUUAUAAACUCGUAUUUUGCUUGAAACUAGCUUAAUACGGAAACACACUAGCAUUAAACGGUUGAAUCUGGAGGCUACAGGCUAGUACCAGAUUAUACUAUUCAUCAUGUUUCUGGAAUGAUCUUUGAAAAGCCUGCGCCAAAAGCUGCGAAGUACCGCACAAAUUUCCGUGAACUUGUGACUUUUUGCAUGAUUUUAUGAUAAUGAAUCUGAUUGGUUGAAGUAACCUGCCAAUGGAAUAACGAGUUGCGAUCUGGACCAAUAAGAAUCAACUUCUUUUUUGUCCCAAUUCAAACACGAUUCGCCUAAUUGUAAUUCCUUUCCGAUCCCAUUGCUGGUUAUUACCUAACGAUGGAUGCAGUAUGAAAAAAGAAGCAUCAACUAUUGCUGGAGGAAGCCAUCAUUAACCUUGAAUAUUUAUAUAACCUAGCAAAAAUAUAUGAGACAGAUUUCAGUACGGAUUUUUAUGGCAGUCUUUGGUAAACUAAAACGUAUGUUGCCCUGAAUCCAGUGGCGUAGUUUGACCUUCCAGACUAGGGAUGGAGAGUCAUCAGUCUGUCUUCAUCGCUAAAUUUAAUGAUGAAGACAUAGAAGAAGAAAUAUUUAAGUUCUGUUUCGACUACCGAAAUAAGAUCUAACUGACUAUAGUCAAUCUAUUGACUAUGAACUGACCAAUUCAUUGAAGUGUCACAACCCCUACAUCCCUUCUGCUAGCUACGCCUCUACCUGAAUCUUGUUUGAAUUCAGUAAGAUUUAAAGAGGCGUAAUUGUGCAAGCAGUACUUUAGAGUCUCGAUCGUAUUUUUUAUUUUCGAUGAUUUAACUUAAUUAUGUGUCCUAUUUAUGAGUAUAUUUUUUCAAGGAUAUCUCCCGAAUUUGUGUUAAGCAGCGUUUAAGGGAAGUCACUUGUAAUAUAGAUAUCGAUUUCUACUUUAACUGUAAUAUAGGUAUCCCUAAUUCUCUGUUGAUAACAGAGCCCAGAAAAGUUCCCAUCUUUCCUUUGAACAAAACCUUAAGCCCAUAGAAACUUUCUCAGUAAUACAACUGAAUUAAUGUAAAGUUGGGGUAUGGCCCUCAGUUGCUAUUCUUUUUGGCCUUCUUACGGUUGUUUAAAGUGUGACCGCUAUUAUUUCUGGGCUUUGAUUAUUAUCGACGAUUCGUUUAAGUAAAUAUCUUAUUACACAUAUCAUUGUACACUUUGAACUUAUGAAACACGUUCAUUUGAGUAUUUUGUUUAUGUUAUUUUGUAUGCAAUUGAAACAUAACUUGAGAAGAAAAACCUAUCCAACCUUAUAGAGAAAAAACUUGCCAGUCCAAGUUUAAAACGACAUAUUCAAUCAAAACGACACUUCAUUAAAUGAAUUCAAAGAAUAAGUAAAUGUGUUUUUGAUGUUUACCGUUUAGACUUUGCAUAGGACAUAUUUUUCUUGGUCUUUUUAAUGUAUUUAUCAUCAGGCUAUCUGAACUUUGUUGAAAAUAUUUCGGGUGGGGACAAUUUUUCCUUUUCUGUUAUCACUGUUAUGAUACUGUUAGUGAAAUUAUCCAAAUAAAUUGUAGUUUACAAUCUCGAAGGUAAUGGAACACAUGUUAUGAAAAGUCUUC